AUGUAUAUAGAGGCACUUCAUGGUGAACGUUUCGUUGGGAUCGACAUGCAGUCAAAGGAGGAUAAAAUUUGUUUGGAAAUCAUACCAAUCCAAUAUCUCAUUAUGUAUACAGCUCCCAAUAUUAAAUGUUUCUUCAUUGUUUUAACAGUGUUGUGUCUUAAAGUGGACAAAACCUACAGUUUCCUUCCUACAGUUGCUCUAAACAACUAUAUGGCGGCGACAGCGUGGACGAUUCUUGAAACGGUAGUUUUGGUUAUUGUAUUCAUAGCAGCACUUUGUGCAAAUGUUGGCUUGUUUUAUAUCGUUGGUACGACAAGAACGCUUCAAACAAAAGCAAAUGUAUUUAUCUUAAACCUGGCUGUUGCAGAUUCGCUUGUCGCGGUUAUUAAUCUCCCUGUAACUAUAAUCACUGUUAUUUCCCAAGAUUGGGUGCUUGGUAAGACGCUUUGUCAAAUAUCUGGAUUUUUAACAUUGUUCACAUUCGUAGCAUCGUGUAUGGCUUUAUCCAUGAUCAGCAUAAAUCGAUACCAUGCUAUAGUUUAUUGGACAUCUUACAAGAGCAAGUACACUAAUCGUAAAUGUGCUCUUUAUGUUUGCAUAACAUGGCUUAUAACAAUCGUGUUAUCUAUACCUCCGUUUUUUGGUUGGGCGAGAUUUGACUUCGAUCCAAGACAGAGUUAUUGUUUUGCUGAAUGGACAGCAAGUAAAUCGUACACGAUCUUUAUGAUUGCAACUUGUUUAUGUGGUCCGUUAUCUAUAAUGACUUACUGCUAUGUUAGAAUACUUCGUUAUCACGAAGAUAUUGGCAGAGAUGUUCGCCAAAUGGUGCUACGUUCUAACAGCCUUUCGGUACAAACUUUUGCUAUGGUGAACCAAACACAGGGAUCAAGAAAAAAUCGUUUGACAAGAACAGUAAUAGUGUUAAUUGUCGUCUUUGGCAUUUGCUGGUCCCCCUUUGCGAUCAUAAUGUUGAUCCAAGUAUUCUCCAAUGCGCAUGUUCCACGCGCUGUGGAUUUUGGAACCCUGGUUUUGGGAUACUUAAACAGUUUUUUCAACGUGGUUGUGUAUAACGCAACGAAUAAAAAACUUCGACGGCAAUUUUUGAAUUUUUUUUCAGUGAUUAUCUUUCGAAAAAAGGACAAACGUUCGCAAUACACUGAAGGCGCGCAUUGUCACAGUGUCAGUGCAUCGACGGGGAAUUAUAUUUAAAUUUUAGUCAAUAUUUUAUUGAUGCCAAAUCAUCAGGUACGAGAGAAACCUUUAAUGAAAUUGUGGUAAACCAAAUAAAAAACUUCGACGGGAA